UUCACAAUCUUCUUCAUCGCCAUUACCGAAAUUCUCGAGUUUCUCCGCUAAACUCCUGAGUUAGUUGCUCGAUCCUCGAAUUCUUCAGCAAUUCAGCUAUCAAAAGUUUACAAAUCUUAGUAAGACUUGUGUAUUAAAAUAAGAUCCAUGACUAUUUCGUUACAAAUUUCUUAAGCAGGUAAAAGACUUGAACACCAACAUGGAAGUAUCCAAUUUCUGCAAAUCUCCCUGCAAAUAAGUGGCGGGAAACCUAAGUAAAGCCAUUAUUGCCAAAACUAACGCGCGUUAUUCUUGGAGCGAGCGAGCAUUUGAAACUUGUUUUUCCCAUACUACUUUCCCUUUUUCUUUUCCACUUUUCCCUUUCAAUUUUAUCGAGAAAUAAAAGGCAAUCAGCCCCAUUUCUUUUUGUCAUUCUUUGCUCUUUUUAGUCUUUAUUUUUGGAGACUAGUUACGACUGUCCCUGCCACCCUUUGGUUCUUCCAUAUCUGUCUCUUUCUUUUUCCAGUUCAGAACACCCACACCCCAAUAUCUCACCCCCUAGUUCAUACACCCACUUUGUCAGUAUAUAUAUAGUUGUAUGUAUACUUUGCUUGGGCAAGAGCUGUAUAAGAAAGAAAUUCAGAUACAGAGAGUUAGAGGUGUACAUGCUCAAAGAUUCAAACUUUCCUUUUGUGUCUUCCACAUAAGAGCUUCGAAGAUCCACCUUAGUCUUGAACCUCUCAGGUGUUUUCUGGGGCAAGAAAAGACUCCAUUUUCUUUAAAGGGUCUUUGAGUAUUCAGUCUUUGCUAAUGGUAGCUACGUGGGAAUCCAGUCAGGUAAAGAAUUGGCCUUUUAACUUUUUCUGUCUAGGUAAUUUGGCACCAUAUUAUGUCCUUGCACAAUUUUUGAACUGUGCUUUCAUCUGAAACCAGUAGAAAAAUUGCUGCAACUUCUAAUGCAACAGCAGUUAUUGGUAAUGAGAUAGUGGAAAUAAUUAGCAAGUUCCAAUUUUGGUUCUUGGAAUGUGCUAAGAUGAUCUGUUUAUUUACAGAAGUUAGAGCACAAAGAUUGGAUUUUGGGCAUACCCAUUUGAAAAUGUCUUGGAUUCAACAUAGAGAAGGUGGUGUCUUUGCAUAUUCCCCUCAUCUAUCUCCCCCAUCUCAUUCUUCAUUUGGUCCAACUUCUAAUCUUCACAAAGAACCAGGCCAUUCAUCCUCUUCUGGCAACAAAAUUAGUCCAGCUGUUCUUAUCAUUAUAGUCAUAUUAGCUGUUAUCUUUUUCAUAUCAGGUCUUCUCCACUUGCUUGUUAGAUUUCUUAUCAAGAAACCUUCUUCUUCAGCCUCACCACAGACUAAUAGAAGCCUUGAAAUUUCUAGCUCUGAGGCUCUGCAAAGACAGUUGCAGCAACUUUUCCAUCAACAUGACUCUGGUCUAGAUCAAGCGUUUAUUGAUGCAUUACCUGUCUUUGUUUACAAAGAGGUUAUGGGUCCUAAAGAACCCUUUGAUUGUGCUGUUUGUUUGUGUGAAUUCUCUGAUAAGGACAAGUUGAGGUUACUGCCAACUUGCAGCCAUGCUUUCCAUAUCAAUUGUAUAGAUACUUGGCUCCUAACAAACUCAACGUGCCCACUAUGUCGAGGAACCCUUUUUGACCCCAGAUUCUUAUCGGAGAGUCCAAUCUCUGAUCUUGAUGACCCUAAAGAAGAUGACGGAUGUCAUGUCAAUAGAGAUCAUGGGUUAUCUGCUGCUCAGAAAACAAUUGAAAUAGAGGAAAUUGCAGUUGAUAAAGCAACCGUUCCUGUUAGACUUGGUAAGUUUAGAAAAUUGAAUGUUGGGGCAGAGGAGGGAGAGGGAGAGACUAGUAGUAGUAACUUGGAUGCAAGGAGAUGCUAUUCAUUGGGCUCAUAUCAGUAUGUAGUUGGUGAGUUUAAUCUUAAGGUAGACUUGAGCAAUGAGCAAAAUGCAUGCAAUGUGAAGCUUGCCAAGUUGCAUGAACGCUGUGCCAAUUUAUCAACUGAAACGGAUGGGGAGGGGAAAAGGAUAAGUAUUGGAACGAAGACUGAUAGCUACUCUUUUUCCAAGAUUUGGCUUUGGUCGAAGAAGGGAAAAUUUGCAAGUUCUUCAGAAUGCCAAAUGGGGAAUCCACCUCCUAAUAUUGACUUACCAUGGUUGGCAAAAACAGAAAGCAAUUAACGGACAUUCUGAUUCGCUUCUCCUUGUUGAUCUUUCUGUUAUCUGAUGGCAUAGAGGUUAGUCCUUAGUUUGGAAUUCUCUGAGAUGCUGUAUGAACAAAGUGCUAACGUGGUAACAAGCUCGACAGUACAGUUGAUGGCUUUUGUUUUAUUUUUUGUCUCUUUGAAGUCCUACAAAAUAUAGUUCAUGUGUUAUCUAUUGAUUCUUGAAAUGCUAUUACUCUAUUUUACACGA